AGACACAACAUGUGAAUGCAAGGGAGCAUCAACAACAGCUGCAAAUGCAGCAAUUGCAACUUAUGCAGCAACGCAAUACUCAGUUGCAAAAAAGGAUCCUAAUCAUCCUUCACUUGGUGGUCCUAUGAAUGCUAUGAACUCUGAAGGAAUGAUGGGGCAGCCAUCAGCCAGUGUAUUGGCCAUGAAAAUGUACGAGGAGCAUAUGAAACAUCCUCAUUCAAUGGAUUCAGAGACAUCUCCAGUUCUAAUGGAUGCCAAUAGGAUGGCCCUUAUCAAGUCAGCAACUAAUCAUCAAGGUUAUAGAAUUCAAAAUCUGCACGAGCAAGUUCUGGGAAAAAACAAAAAAAGAAGAAGACUUCUCUCUCCUUGUGUUUGUGUGCCCAUUCAGUAAGUGCUCGACAGUGAUACAUCGGAGCGACCUUGUCUUACAUUAAGGAUUAUGUACUAGAGGAAGAUUUGGGAAUUGAGGAACCGACACAUUUGGAAGCUCCACUAGACGGGUUCGUGGAUCCCGAGGUGGACGUCUAGAGUUAUAGUUUAUUUUUGUGCUAAACUAGAGAAUUUAUUUACGAUCAUGUAUAAUAUAAUUUUUUGUUUAUUCCGCUCCUAAGUUUAAAUGUAAUUCUUUUGGAUGUAAUUGUUAUAGCUUGACAAAUUCUUUUGGAUAUAGUGGUCAUGGUUGACCUAUUCUUUUGGGAUGAUAUUGUAAAUGAUAUAUUUGAUGAAUGAA